UUAACCCAAAUUUCACUCUCUCUCUCUCUCUCUCUCUCUCUCUCUCUCUUCUAUGGCCAUGGCCACCACCGCAAAACCAGAGACCAGAGCCAACGGCUCCGAGAAUCCGUCAGAAUCCGACACACAAAACAUUGAAGCACCACCAGCAGAAACAAAUUCUGAGGCCGAUUCUAUUUAUUCUACACUGCAACCUUCCACCGGCACUGCCAAUACGAGCGUGAGGUGGCCGGGUUGGCCUGGGGAUUGUGUGUUCAGGUUGAUAGUGCCCGUGCUUAAAGUGGGCAGCAUUAUUGGCCGUAAGGGUGACCUUAUCAAGAAGCUGUGCGAUGAAACUCGAGCUCGCAUUCGAGUUCUUGAUGCGCCCAUUGGCAUUCCCGACCAAGUAGUGUUGAUAUCUGGAAAGGAAGAGCCGGAGGCACCUCUAUCCCCUGCAAUGAAUGCUGUGAUAAGAAUUUUUAAACGUGUUACUGGAUUACCUGAGGGUGAUGCUGAAGAAUCUGGAGCUGCGGGCAUUGCUUUUUGUUCAUUUCGGUUGUUGGUGGCAUCAACACAGGCUAUUAGUUUGAUUGGGAAGCAGGGCUCGGUAAUCAGGGCAAUACAAGAGAGCAGUGGUGCAUCUGUGCGGGUAUUGUCGGAAGAUGAAGUGCCAUUUUAUGUUGCUGCAGAUGAGAGGAUUGUAGAUUUGCAGGGAGAAGCCUUGAAGGUUCUUAAGGCUUUAGAAGCAAUAGUGGGUCACUUGAGGAAGUUUUUGGUUGAUCAUAGUGUUCUUCCUCUUUUUGAAAAGAAUUACAAUGCAAUAAUCUCACAGGACCGCCAAGCACAGACAUGGAGUGAUAAGUCAUUGCUGCACGCUACUUCUCAAGGUGGAAGUGAUACUGAUUAUCCUCUUUCAGCGAAGAGGGAAACUUUGUUCUUUGAACUAGAAAAUUCGUUGGAGUCACAGAUCCCACCUUCCAGAAUUUCACUCUAUGGCCAAGAUCCUGCAGUUUCAUCAAUACGUUCUUCUGUACUCAAUCGUGCCAGUGCUCCCAUAGUUGCUCAGAUAACACAAACUAUUCAAGUACCAAUUUCUUAUGCUGAGGAUAUCAUUGGGAUUGGAGGGAAUAAUAUUGCAUAUAUUCGUCGCGCUAGUGGAGCCAUAAUAACUGUGCAAGAAAGCAGGGGACUGCCUGAUGAAAUAAUUGUGGAGAUCAAAGGCACGUCAUCACAGGUUCAGAUGGCUCUACAACUGAUUCAGGAAUUUUUAAGCGAUCGCAGAGAAUUAGUCAACAGCAGCUAUAGCAACUAUGACAGUGGACUGAGGUCUGUGUACUCUCAGAUGGACAGCAAGCGGUAUUCUUUGUCAGGACAAUCAUAUGGUGGAUAUGGAUCUUCUGGUCUAGGAGGCUAUAGUAAUUUUAGACUUUGAAUGGGCAACCUACAACAUGGCUUUGUUUUUCAGAACAAUUUCUCAUUAUAUCUGAUAUUUUUAUAUUUAGAAAAAACAAAGCGAAAAAUUUUCAUAAAAUUUAGUGUAUCUAAAGUCGUUGAAAAGUAGGACCUUUGCUAAACUGGUAGCAUCUCAGAUGAUGGUGGGUUUUUUUUAGUGGCUGAACUUGGGAUAAAAUGAUGCAAGAAAAUGUGAUGAAAUAGUUGUGAUUUACUGUGUU